UCCGCCCACACUAGAGCAACGGCGGCUUCUCUCUCUCGGCGAUCGCUUUUGCCGUCUGGUCUUCUUCGUGAAGGCCGAACUCCAUCUUUCUCCCUUUCACCAGGAAAUUGAUGCAGGAUUUUCCGCCCUUCCACGGCAGCAUCUUCAGCGGCGGAGGGGAUGGCGGAGGAGGCGGACUCCUCGGCUACCCGGCGUUGGCUUCCCCGCAUAAUCAACCGCCGCCUCCUCUGCCGGUGAAGUGUCCUCGAUGCGACUCCACCAACACGAAGUUCUGUUACUACAACAACUACAACCUCUCGCAGCCCCGCCACUUCUGCAAAGCCUGCCGCCGCUACUGGACCAUGGGCGGCGUCCUCCGCGACGUCCCGGUCGGUGGCGGGUGCCGCAAGUCCAAACGCUCCUCCAAAACUACAUCCCCUGCCGCUUCUGCCGACAAGAACGCAUGUCGCCGCUGGCAUCCCCCUUCCACCGCCAGAUCCAGCAUCUACGACUCCACCGGCACGGCAUCAUCCAUUGCCGUCGCGUCCACCUCCGCUCCGUUCUCCGAUUCUCCCCUUCUCGCCUCCCAGCUCUGCGUCCCCAACCCUACUCUUCGAUUGGGGCAACUACCGGACUCGGAUCCCCCCAUCCCAGAAGCAACCAUAAUGGAAACCCCGUCUGUCGAUGGCUUAGCGACGAUUCCAUCGGCGCUCCUGGGAUUCAUCUUCCCGGACACAUCGCCGGCGCGAGAGAAGGCCGAGGCGGAGCCGAUCGGGCCGGGAUUCGCAGAUCAAACCUCUCCAGUCGAUCGGCGUCCUCCAGGGGCUGGCGGUGGGCUCCUGUCUCCAAAUUGGGCCGGCCCAGUCGAGCCCACAUUGUACGAUCUCACAGGAAUCGUCGAUCCUUCGUCAUACUGGAAUCAGAGCCAUUGGCCCGACUCCGACACGCCUUUUCUUCCACGCCUAGGUGAUUAAAUCGAACCUCUCCAUUAAAUACCUUUUCGUUCUCGCUGUCAAUCCAUAUAAAAAUUAUAUGUAAUAACAAAUAAAUGGGAAUUUAUAUUAUUAUCUACUCUAAUAAUUAAGAGCAUCUUAUCAAAAACCUCCCUAAUAUAUAUCACAAUUACGGAGGAACUUUUGUAGCAAAAAUGUUUAAUAAUUAAUGGCGCGUGUCACAAAAAUGUUGAUUUAAAUGUUGCGUGGCGGUUAGGAAUUGACACAUGAGGUGAUGGAGACGGGUAGUUAUGUGUCAAGAGAAGAAAGCGCUGCUUUUGGCGAGGGGUCGGGUGUUGGGCGGCUCGCUAGGUCUUCGUGAUGGGGAACGGACGUCUUUGAUGGACGGUUGGGGGGACGAAAUG